AAAAGUGUUGUAGUGGAAUAAGGCUGCUGAAAGUGUUUCAGAAAUCUCAAGAAAGUGUUUAGCAAUAGUGAGGAAAUCAAUGCGCACAUCGAUCACAUUAGUAUCAGCCCUCCAAAUGCAGGACAUUCGUGAGAAUACCUUUAUCAGCAAUUCCGGCAGCAACCAUGUUACGUUUCUGUCCAACACAAAAAUGCCCCGCAACUUUAAACUAUUAGCUGAUCCGCAGUUGGUAAAAUGUGGCGCCAGACUAUAUCGCUACGAUGGCGUUGUGCCCGGAGACCCUGCCUAUUCAACGAUAACACCCAGGGAUCCGCGAAAUCCUCUGACUCGCAUACGUGCCAGGGCUGUUGAUCCACUUCUACUUCGUAUUCCUAGAUUUGUCAUAGAUUCCGACUAUGUAGGCCAGCCACCUGCAAUCGAAGUUACUCUGGUUAACUUAAAUGAUAACAUCGACAAGCAGUUUCUUUCUAACAUGUUGGACAAGUGUGGGACCUCCGAUGAAAUAAAUAUUUACCAUCAUCCAACUACAAACAAACAUAUGGGCAUUGCACGAAUCGUGUUUGAAAAUACAAAGGGAGCAAGGCAGUUUGUGGAAAAAUACAAUCAAAAAUCCGUAAUGGGAAAGGUCCUAAAUGUGUUCUGCGACCCUUUUGGUACUAUUUUAAAGAAAACACUUGAUAAUCUUACAAAUCCUGUUGUGGCAAAACCAUUGGCAGGUAUUAAAAUGACGCACCAAUCGACUUUCCAGCACGUUGCUCCCCAAGAUGACGAAUUCGGUCGAAUGGAAAACGAUGCUGGCGAUCCUGUAAAAUGUGCAUACAGCUCUUUUCAAAUCAAUACUGAAAGUGAAGAGCGUGCUAGGGAUCGAAACUGGGAUCGCGAUAAGGAAAGGGAAAGAGAUCACCACUUGAAGGACAGAAGUCGACAUUCAGUAGAGCAAAGUUAUGAUCGUGGAAUGCGGGAAAAGUAUCCAACCUCCGUAAGGCAUGAUCGCAACUUCUACCGUCGGCGGUCCAGAGAUCUAAGCCCAGAAAUUCAGCGUAAUAGAUUGUUCAUAACAAAAGAAAGAGUUAGAGGCCCAGACCCACGUCCGCGCGAGUACUGUCGUUCCAGGGAGAAAGAUUCAUUUCGCGAAUCUAAAAGAUCUCGCGACAAAUGCCGGGACCAAUCCAGAGAAAAAAGAGGACAUCGUUAUAACUCAUCAAAAGAUCGAGAGUAUCGCGAAAAAGAAAUCGAUCGAAGGGAUCGUGAUAGUCUUAAGUAUUAUAAGCGCUGCUCCCUACAUGAAUAUACUGAAACUGAUGUCAAAAGCUCAACAAACACAAAAAAACAUUACUAUUCUGGACUUUCUGGCUCCAGUUUGCCUGACGAAUGUUACGGAUUCAACAAUUCUUCUUACUCUUCGAUCGAAAAUGUUCAGACAUGGCCAGACCGUAGAAGAUGGACAGCGCCUCAGCCUAACUUCCAGCCGGUACCGCCUCCUCCACCACCUCCAGAAGAGGAAGAAAAUUGGGAUGAAGAUGAACUUAAACUUGAACAAAAAUUCAUUAAGCAAUCCGCCAACGCAAAACAACAAUCGUCAAAGGGAACAAAUAUGAAUUAUAUGGCUUCAAUAAAGACGGCGACAGAAUUGAAUUCCGAACCAGGGAACGUAGAUUUAGAUACUCGCAUAGCCUUAAUAUUUAAAGGAAAGACGUUUGGCAAUGCACCACCUUUUCUUCAAAUGGAUAGUAGCGAUUCGGACACAGAUAAAAAAGCGGAUGUGUCUUUUGAAAAUAAUUCCGAUUCAAACAAGUCCGAAAAGAAAAUGAAGUCGCACGUAAGGAAUAUGAAAGCUUUACAACAACCCAAUGGAGCAAGUGAUAUAUCAAGUGACGAGGAAAUAUUAAUUAGGAAGGACAGGUCUAAAAACAGUUUUACAAGUGAAAAAGAAAAACUUGAUGACAAUAUGUCUUUAUCAAGUUUAUCUUCCCAUGAGGAACCUAUCCAAAGUGUAUUGACUUUGGAAGAUGGGGAAUAUAAGAGACCUAUUGUGUCGUCGUCUUACAUGUAUCCAAAUUCAACAGAUCAAAAUCAAUUUUAUUACCAUUCUUCUGGCUAUGGACAUUAUCCUUCCGGUAUACCGCCGGGCUCUGCUUUUGCUAGCCGAUUUGCCGCCUACAUACAGUCCGAUUACUUAAAAGGCGUUGGGUCAUUUCAUUUUGAUUCGAUUGCUGAGCCCUAUGACUACCAUAUGAUUAAUGUUUCGGACCAGAAUAAUGAAAUACCCCUAAAGGUAAAAAAGGUUAUAAACUAUAUUGUCGAAGAGUUAAAGCAGAUUUUAAAAAGAGAUGUAAAUAAGCGCAUGAUUGAAAUAACGGCAUUUAAACAUUUUGAGACAUGGUGGGACGAGCACACAUUAAAAUCUCGACCAAAACCACUAGCCGAUAUUGCAGAAUCAACCUACAAUACAACUUCAAAUUUCCUCAAAGAAACUACGUAUAACGAGAAGCCUCCAGACAUUAGUCAUAUAAUUAAUACGCAACGGGAAAUCGCAGAUUUUCAAACGUUCUCAAGUAUAAGUUUAAGAGCGGCAAUGCCCAAGUUACCAUCGUUUCGGCGUAUAAGAAAACACUCUAGUCCAAUUCCAGACACGGGAAUUUUUUUGGAAAGAGAUUUAAGUGACCAAGAGGAAAUGGUACAACGUUCAGACUCAGAAAAGGAAGAUUCUAAUAUGGGCAGCUCUGAUACGACAGCACUCUCAAAUUUAAAGAGUGAAAUUUCAAACCAUGACUCUGAUGUAAAUUCAAAACGAAAAGGAAGUGCUUCCAGCUUUUUUUCGUCUCCAUCCUCAUCUAGUGAAGCUGAGUAUGAAGGCAACGAAUGUGAUGAAAAGGAAGGAACGAGUGAAAACGAUCUUCAAGACGAACAUAAUCAAAAAAAUCGGCAUCAACGGAAAAAAAAGAUUAAGAAAAGAAGCCGAGGGGUUUUAAGAGAUAAUGAAAGUGUUGACCUAAGAAACAUAUUUUCAGACUCUGAUGAGUACAGGAAAAACGACAUAACGAAACGCACAAAAAAAAGUAAUAUUUAUUCCGAUACCGAUGAAGAUAAUGAAGAUACUAAAUUGAAAAAUUUGUUGCCUGCGUUACAAGAAAACAAAAUGUCAUCUAUUCCUUCUGAUCUCGAAGAUAUAAGUAAAGAUAGUUGCUGCGAAUUGCGCGAAAUCGAGAUAGAUCCCGCGUUUGAAUCAGAGCAACAAAGUACGCCAAAAAUAAAUGAAGAGUUUCGUCGCUCUCUUACACCUGUACCGCCACCGGGCUACAAUGAAGAGGCCAUUCAAAAGAUAGAUGAUUGUGAACGAAAGUCAGUUUUUGACUAUAAUAGAAUUUACAGCGAUUCUGAAGAAGAGCGAGAGUACCAGGAAAAAAGAAGAAGGAAUACUGAAUACAUGGCCCAAAUUGAAAGAGAAUUUUUAGAGGAACAAGAGAAAAAGUUUGAAAUUGUUUUGGAUGAAAACUUGCCAUUGUCUAAUCCUAUAUCAAACAGCAGAAAGUCCCCAAUUUAUAUGAAUGAAGAUAAAUCUACCUUGCAAGCUAAUUUAGGCUUCAGAAGUUUAAAUUAUAAUAUAAAUAUAGAACCUGAUAAGAACAACGAAUCAGACGCCAAGAAAGAUGGUGAAGUAGUUUUAAAUGGUUGUUACCAAAUGUGCAAAAAUUCAAAGAACGAAACCAAAAUAUCUCAAUCACCAGCAUCUUCGGACGGUGGCUCCAGCCAAGCAUCGCAGGCCAGCCAGGUUGCGCUGGAACAUUGCUAUUCGUUACCGCCCCACGCUCAGACAGUUCCCUUUGGCGGUAUUCCAUCUGGAACAUUAAAGGAUAGUAACUCUAUGUUGGAACGAAAAUCGGCUAACAUUAUAAUUGUUGAUCAAAUGACUAGGUCAGGUCCAGGCAGACCUCGAAAGGAUACUAUUCGCUCUCAAAGAAAAAAAAAAGAUUCAAUUCCGCGGAUACCUAAUGUGAAGAAUAAAAUAGCCCCAAUUGCAGAUGCUAUAGCCGAGUUGGCACGAAAAACAGCCAAUUUUGUACCUUGUGAGAUGUAUAAAGCUCGUGACCAGAAUGAGGAAAUGGUAAUUUUAUACACUUUCCUAACUAAAGGCAUCGAUGCAGAAGACAUUAACUUCAUAAAAAUGAGCUACUCGGACCAUUUGCAAAAGGAGCCAUACGCUAUGUUUUUAAACAACACCCAUUGGGUGGAUCACUGUACAACCGACCGAGCUUUUUGGCCUCCACCACAAAAAAAACGUAGGAAAGAUGACGAACUAUUGCGCCAUAAAACUGGAUGUGCUCGAACUGAAGGUUUUUACAAAUUAGAUUUACGAGAAAAGGCUAAACACAAGUACCAUCAUGCUAAAGCCAAUACAGAAGAUUCCCAUAACGAAGACCGUAGCGAUGAACCUACAGCACUCACCAAUCACCACCAUAAUAAACUAAUAUCCAAAAUGCAAGGAAUUUCCCGUGAAGCGCGCUCAAACCAACGCCGACUUUUAACUGCUUUUGGUUCGAUGGGUGAAUCCGAGCUUUUAAAAUUUAAUCAGCUCAAGUUUCGGAAAAAGCAGCUUAAGUUUGCAAAAUCGGCAAUACAUGACUGGGGAUUAUUUGCAAUGGAGCCUAUAGCUGCCGACGAAAUGGUUAUUGAAUACGUUGGUCAAAUGAUUAGACCCGUUGUUGCAGAUCUGAGGGAAACAAAGUACGAAGCAAUUGGAAUUGGCAGUUCCUAUUUGUUUCGAAUCGACAUGGAAACUAUUAUCGAUGCAACUAAAUGUGGAAACUUAGCACGAUUUAUAAAUCACAGUUGCAAUCCGAAUUGCUAUGCAAAGGUCAUUACGAUUGAGUCUGAAAAGAAGAUAGUUAUAUAUUCAAAGCAACCAAUUGGAAUCAACGAGGAAAUUACGUACGAUUAUAAGUUUCCAUUGGAAGAAGAAAAAAUACCUUGCCUAUGUGGCGCUCAAGGAUGUCGGGGUACACUUAACUAAAGCUUAUUUAUAAAUUAAUUUAAAGAAUUUUCAAUUAUAAAUUAAAUAUUUUGGAUCCCGUAACUUAAGUUUGUAUAUUAUAUCCAAAACGGGUGCUCGUGUAAAUAAAAACAAUAGUAAAAUAGUUCUUAGUUACAUUUUCAUAGCAAAUUAAACAUUUUUAUUUAAACCAAUAAAAUUCAAUUAAAUCGUCGA